UGAAAGUUUCCUAUUGACUCGUGAUCUUUUACCCCAAGAACUUGGUUGCAACGUUAUGUCCACACGAUGAUUUUAUGAGUUCAGUCGAGGCGCGCGGGCGCGGGAGAGAGACGUGGACAGGGGGAGGAUGGGAAAAGAGAUUCGACAGAAAAUGGGGUAGCUAGUUGACUUUGAGUAGUUUGGGAUGGAACUCUAUCGUCUAGAAAGGCGGAUGGUGACAACAUAGGGACAGCCGAUCAUCAACUCUCCCUCGAGUCGUCAGUCCCGUCACACGCAGCAACACUAUAGGACUAUAGCACCCACCCCCCGGCUAUCACAAUGCCGCAAUAAGAUGCCGCAAUGGAGAAAGAGGAAAGAGACUCCGAGAGAGAGAGAGGAUGGGGGUCUCUCAACUCCGGUUCUAAUCCGAGGAACCGACACAAGAAUAAUAACACCAAGUAUACCAAGACCAAAUCUUGGAAAGAACGGCAACAGUCGAAAACUCUAUGUUGGAUACCCCUGCUCCUCCUCCUUCUCGCCUACGGGAUUUGUUUUUGCUGCUGCUGCUGCUGGACGAAAGAGAGUACGUACGGAUAGAGAUGGGAUUCCUACCUCAGACAAACACACCCACCACACCACACCCCAUUACCUAGUACGCAUCAUGGGCAUGACAUACUACGGAUACUCCGUCCUGCAGCUCCUCUCCCCUUCAUACAAGUGAUGAGACUUGAUCCAACCGAAAGGGGGUUAGAAGUCUCCCGUUUAGAGAGAGAGAGAGAGAGA